UCUGCAAAAUAUCGGUUGUCGGUAUGAGAAACCUUUCUUCUCAUCCUCCUCCUCCUCCUCCCCCAUCAUGUUUCCAUGGGUAUAGCACAAAGUCUGUGGUAUUGUGUAUAUUAGUUCCUUUGGUGUUGGUUUCUCUGGGGCUUUUUGCCUUGGAUUCUAGGGAUUAUGCCUCUUGGUUCUCCUCUUAUCCUCCUUCCUCGACUGUGGAAGCAAGGGGAAGUGGUGGUGUUCUCUUGGCUUCUUCGUCUACCUCUUUCGGAGGUGGUUCUAAUGGAAGUGAUGAGGAGCUCGUCGAAUUCCAGGAGGAAGUUAAUACUUCUGAGCACGGUUUUUACUCUUCUCUUCCGCCCAUGGGAGCUCUGAGCCCAGCGCCAGAGCCGGCAGCAGUAGUCCUCCAUAAUAUAAGCAAUACUAGAAGAGAAAGGAGAAAAGAUAUAAAGCUGGAGAGGCUCGAACUUGGUCUCGCAAGAGCUCGCGCUGCGAUCAGAGAAGAUGUUCAAAAUUCAAACCGUCCAGCAUUAGCGGACAAAGAUUAUGUUCCGAUAGGCCCAGCAUACAGGAAUGCGUAUGCAUUUCAUAGGAGUUAUUUGGAAAUGGAGAAGUUGCUCAAGGUGUAUGUUUAUGGAGAAGGUGAGCCACCAAUAUUCCAUGAUGGCCCCUGCUUGAGCAUAUAUUCUACAGAGGGAUUGUUCAUAAAUAGCAUGGAUAUGGAAAACAGGCUGAGAACCAGAGAUCCUGACCGAGCUCAUGUGUUCUUCCUUCCAUUCAGUGUCGUAAGGAUGGUUCAACACAUUUACCAGCGCGAUCGCCGUGAUAUGAGUCCCUUGAGACGAACAGUCCGAGAUUAUAUUGAUGUCAUUUCUAGGAAAUACCCAUACUGGAAUAGAAGUCUUGGUGCAGAUCAUUUCAUGCUUUCCUGCCAUGACUGGGGGCCUUAUGCUUCUGGUGGCCAUUCUCAUCUAUUUUUCAACUCCAUUCGCGUCUUGUGCAAUGCAAACACGUCGGAGGGGUUCAACCCUUUGAAAGAUGUUUCUCUUCCGGAGAUGAACAUGAGAUCUGCUGUCGUUAAUGUUGGUGGACCAUCUGCUUCAGGUCGUCCGAUCCUUGCAUUCUUCGCCGGAGGAAAUCAUGGGCCUGUUCGGCCUGUGCUAAUAAAGCACUGGAAGGACAAAGACAAGGAUAUACAAGUCCAUGAGUAUCUCCCCCAAGGGGUUUCCUACAUUGACUUGAUGAAGAAGAGCAAGUUCUGCCUCUGCCCGAGUGGAUAUGAAGUGGCGAGCCCAAGAAUCAUGGAGGCAAUCUAUCUCGAGUGCGUGCCCGUCACGAUUAACGACCAUUAUGUGCUGCCACUUAGUGAUGUUCUUAAUUGGAAGGCCUUUUCGGUCCAGGUCUCCGUCGAGGACAUCCCCAACCUUAAGAACAUUCUGAUGAGCAUAUCACCGAGGCAGUAUAUACGAAUGCAGAGGAGAGUGAAGAUAGUGCAGAGGCAUUUCAUGUUGAAUAGCCCUCCAAAGAGGUUCGACCUGUAUCAUAUGCUCCUGCACUCGGUGUGGCUGAGGAGACUAAAUGUUCACAUUCAUCCCCAGGAUUGAUCCAUGCGAAAGCCCAAGCUUCUAAUAAUUUGGAAUAUCGGUGGCAUUGGAAAAGGUAGAUAGAUGCAAAUUCAAAAGAAAAUAAACUUAUUGCUAUUUUGUUAAAUGUACUAUAGUCUCUCAUAUUUACUGAUUUUUUUGUUGUAUUAUUUUGUAGAUUUUUUUAAAAAAAAAUUUUAAUCGUGGUUCAAUGAAUGCUAUUCU